UAACACUUCCUUAAUCCUUACAUUCCCUGACAGCACAUCCACCAGAACACAAAAACACACACUCAACCAUACUCCGCCGUCGCCACCGUCAUCAUGGACGGUCACCGGCGGCGUCACAAUCACAAACACCACCGUUUCCGUCACCUAAUUCCGGUCAUCUCUGGCACCAUUCUCAUUCUCUAUUUCUUACUUUCUUUUCUUGCCCCAAACCCAGAUCACUUUCUACACUUCAAAAAACAAACCCAUAUUAAUGAUACUAGGAUUAACCCAGAUGAAGAUAAUGUUGAUACUAGGAGGAGGGUUACCUCAAUCUUCAAAGUUCCGACUAGUAGCAAGAUUAGUGAAAGGAAUCUAUGGAGUACAAGUAUGUCAAGAUAUUAUUUUGGAUGUAGUAAUGCCACCAUUCAGUUUCCGAAAGCUCAAGCAAUUACACGGCCUAAUCGCUACUUGCUAAUUGCAACUAGUGGAGGUUUAAACCAACAAAGAACUGGGAUCACAGAUGCUGUUGUUGCUGCACGUAUUCUCAAUGCUACUCUUGUUGUACCUAAACUGGAUAAGAAAUCUUUCUGGAAGGAUGCUAGUACUUUUUCCGAGAUAUUUGAUGUUGAUUGGUUCAUAUCACAAUUAUCCAAAGAUGUUAAAAUUAUUAGAGAACUUCCUCAUAAGGGAGGCCGGAAAUGGUCUCCAUACAGUACUCGUGUGCCUAGAAAAUGUAACGAGAGAUGCUAUUAUAUUCGUGUUCUCCCUUUGUUUUCGAAGAGGCGCGCUGUUCAGCUGAGCAAGUUUGAUUACAGACUUGCUAACAAGUUAGAAACUGAUUUUCAGAAACUUAGAUGCAGGGUAAACUACCAUGCUUUGAGGUUCACUGAUCCCAUAAUUAAGAUGGGUCAAGUGUUGGUCAAUCGGAUGAGGAAAAUGGGCAAACACUUUGUUUCUCUGCACUUGAGGUUUGAACCUGAUAUGCUUGCAUUCUCGGGAUGCUAUUAUGGUGGAGGACAGAAGGAAAUAAAAGAACUUAGUAAAAUACGAAAGAGGUGGAAAACUUUACAUAUUAGCGACCCAGAGAAAGAAAGAAGACAAGGGAAAUGCCCCCUAACACCUGAAGAAGUUGGUUUGAUGUUGAGAGCACUUGGCUAUGAUAAAGAUGUUCAUAUAUAUGUGGCUUCUGGUGAAGUAUAUGGUGGGGAUGAAACAUUGGUUCCAUUAAGGGCGCUUUUCCCAAACAUUCACUCAAAAGACACCAUAGCUACCAAAGAAGAGCUCGAACCGUUCUUACCAUUUUCAUCUCGUAUGGCUGCAUUAGACUUUAUGGUGUGUGAUGAGAGCGAUGUUUUUGUUACCAAUAACAAUGGUAAUAUGGCGAAAAUAUUGGCUGGACGUAGGAGAUACUUUGGACAUAAACCAACAAUACGACCAAAUGCAAAAAAACUGUCUCAUCUGUUCAUGGCCCGAGAUAACAUGACAUGGGAAGAAUUCUCAUCAAGGGUACGGGUUCAUCAAGUAGGUUUCAUGGGGGAGCCGAAUGAGGUAAGGCCUGGAAGAGGUGAAUUUCAUGAAAACCCGACUUCUUGUAUAUGUGAACAAAAUAAUGCUAAAGCCAAUUUGGUAUCACUCCCUAGAAAAAUUGGGAAUGGGAUUUCUGACGAAGAUGAAGCUGGGGAUGAUGAAUAUCCAGACGAUGAUACAGAGUCGUAUAACAUGGAUGAAGAUGAGGAUGGUAUUGUUUCUAAUCUUCAGUAUCUUCUCAACGACACAAAUGUGGAUGAUGUUCAUUUGAUGUCUGAGGAAAACGAUUUGGAAGAGUUGCUUUCGGAUUAAAGAAAGCACUUGCAAUAACAAUACAUGGUUUAUUCAGCACUUGAGGCACAGAAGAUUAAGAACAGUCACCAAGAUGUGAUCACAAUGAAAACAGUCAAAAGACGAUGAAAGAGCAAUUCCGGCUUCCAAAUGUGUUUGUUGUGUCGUUUUGGGGGUAAGUUAUGUAGAUAUAGUCGUGAAUCGGCAGACCAAUACCGCCAAGUUAGGCUCUCGCCUUGUCGAAGGCGUUGUUUUUGUAUUGACUACAUGUCCGAAGGUUACAUGUAGCAUCCAUGGAAAUUUUACCAUUUGUACUGUCUGUUAUAUCAUGUUAAGUACUGUACUAGACAAGAGCGUUCUUUUAGGUUGUUAAUAUUUUUCUAGAUUUUAUUUGUUAUUUGUAUACUGAUUAUGUAUUAAGUAUAGUUUUAGAUCAGUUUUUAAUGACAUGUUUGAAUCAUGUUUCUAGGUUCGUUUAUUAA